GUUUUCUAAAGUAUUUAAUAUUGUGUGGAUGUGGAAUAUAUGUGAAUUAAAUAUAUACAUAUGUAUAUGUUUACAAGUAAUAUACACGUGUUUCCUUCAUCACUAAAAAAUAAAUUGAAUAUUAUUAAAUUGAGUAUAAAUACAAUAUGAAAAUUCUAAUAGUGAUAUUUUCUCUGUUAUUUACAUAUUGUUUUGUAAAAGCUGCGGAAAUUGAUAAUAAGCUUUUAAAAUGUUUAGUUUGUAGAUCAACAAUAAAAGAAAUUGAAGAAGAAUUGGCAAAAAUUGAUCCUUCAAGACAAAUUGAGAUAGGAAAUUAUAGAUUAGAUGCACAAGGAAAUGUUAUUCAUAAAAAGAUCCCACUUGCACAAUCUGAGGUGCACAUAUCUGACAUCCUAGAUAAUAUUUGUGAAAAGAUGUCAGACUAUGUAAGAGCAACAUAUAAAUCAAAUGGUCAAUUAACAAUCUUAAAUUUACUCAGUUCAUCUGGUGGUAUGAAUCCUGAAAUGAGCAAAGUUGAUAUUAUUCAGGAUAAUGAUCUGAAUAAAAGCUUAAAAUAUUAUUGUGAAGGAAUAGUGGAAGAAUUUGAAGACUCUAUGAUUUCAUUGUUUGCUCAUAAAGAAAAUAAUAUUAAAGAAAAAUUAUGCAUGAAUAUUUCAAAGCUAUGCAGUUCCACAGAUUUUAAUGAUGAUAAUGAAGAAAUUAAUGAAAGUGAUAUAAAUGAGGAACACGAUGAAUUAUAAUAAAAGGAAAAAUAAGAUA